AUGCCGUCAUACGUCGACAACCGUCCCCUGGACGUAAUCAUAAUUGGGGCAGGCUUCGGCGGCUGUUACCUUCUUCGGAACCUGCGAAAGCAGGGAUUCCGGGCACAGAUAUUCGAGGAAGGUCACGGCCUGGGAGGCGUUUGGUGGCACAACCGCUACCCCGGUGCCCGUGUUGAUACCGAUACCCCUUUUUACGAGUUUUCCGAUCCCGAGAUAUGGAAAGAAUGGGAAUGGGCCGAGAAAUACCCCAGUCAGGAAGAGAUGGUCAGGUACUUCGAGUUCGUCGACCAGAAGUGGGAUCUCAGCAAAGACGUCACCUUCGGCGCCAGGGUGACUGACGCAUCCUUCGACCCCCAGACGAACGCGUGGACCAUCCAGACCGGCAGCGGACAUGAGGCCACAGCUCCUUUUCUGCUGCUAGCCAUGGGCUUUGCUGCCAAGAUGUACGUCCCUGACAUCAAGGGGCUAGACACUUUCCAGGGUUUCUCAUGCCAUACCGCCCGUUGGCCAGAGAAACAACCCGAGCUUGCAGGGAAACGGAUCGGCAUUAUUGGAACUGGAGCAACUGGUGUGCAGCUUGUACAAGAGCUAGGGCCAGAUGCAGGAAAGCUUGUCGUCUUUCAGCGCUCUCCAAACUGCGCAAUGCCAAUGAGACAGAAGACGUGGGCAUCAGAUCCACCAAGCAAAUCAGGAUACUCGGAGCUCUUCUCGCAAAUGAAGAAGACCAAGGCUGGCUUCACCUUUCCAGUCGUUAAUAGAAGGGCCAUGGACGAUACACCGGAACAGCAACAGGCUCUUUUUGAGCACCUUUGGAGCCUUGGAGGGUUUGCACCAACGCACGGCAACUAUGCGGACUUCAACACAGACCUGGCAGCGAAUCACCUUUUUUACAAUUUCUGGCGGGACAAGGUCCGUCAGCGACUGCCCAUAGACGAUCCCGAGUUGAUCGAGAACCUUGCACCUGAGAAGCCACCAUAUCCUUUCGGUACGAAACGAUCAUCACUUGAGCAGAACUUCUACGAAGUGUUUAGUCAGAGCAACGUCGAACUAGUGGCUCUCAAGAAGAAUCCAAUUGACAAAGUUGUUCCAGAGGGAGUGCAGAUGUCUGAUGGAACGCUCCAUAAGCUGGAUGCUCUACUGCUCGCCACGGGCUUUGACGCAAUCACCGGCAGCUUUACCAGAGUCAACAUUCGUGGCCUCAAGAGGAAGUUGCUGAACGAUGUUUGGAGUACCGGAACUCGUACCUUUUUGGGUUGCGCUAGCAGCGGUUUUCCCAAUAUGUUCUUCCUCUACGGACCUCAGAGCCCGACGGCUUCGGCUACCGGGCCGGUGGUUUCAGAGAUCCAGGGCGACUGGAUCAUUCGGACUCUGGUGCACCUUCGAAGUAAUGGAUACACGCGGAUCAACGCGCAGUCCGACGCAGAAGAGGAUUGGAGCCGUCGAACUACUGAGAUAUGCAACGCGACGCUUCUUCCACGGAAUAAAACGACGUGGUACAUGGGUGGAAAUAUCCCUGGGAAGGCUAGAGAGGCUUUGAACUACAUGGCUGGCUUGCCUGCGUAUCAACAGGCUUUAGAUGGGUGUUAUGCGAAUGGUCUCGCUGGUUUCAGCAUAGAUUAG